GACCAACGAAUAUACAGCGGGAGGAAGUGGAGACGCGUCGUCCAUCUCCAUGUAGGCCGUGGACCAAGCUAAACGAUGACGCCCCGUUCAACCAGCCAAUAACGUGAAGCUGCGAAAGGUGACAUAUUCCCCAAAAACUGCGGUCAGUUUUAUUCUGCAAUGACAGAUAAAGUUCAAGAGCUCGUGUCAAAGUGUCUUCAGGCCCGGGACAUGGCAUACUGUCCCUACAGUCGGUUCCCGGUCGGUGCUGCCAUAUUAACAGCAGAUGGCGCUAUAAUCUCAGGCUGUAAUGUGGAGAAUGCCUCCUACGGUCUGACAGUGUGUGCUGAGCGGACGGCCAUUCAGAGGGCCGUGGUGGAAGGACACACACAGUUCACUGCCAUCGCUGUGACAUGUGAUAUCAAAGACCGUUUUGUUGGGCCAUGUGGAGCAUGUCGACAGGUUCUUAUGGAGUUUGGAUCAGACUGGACUGUAUACUUGACCAAGCCAGACGGAUCUUACAAAAAAACCAGCCUUAAUGAACUUUUGCCUCUAGCCUUUUCUCCAGCUGACCUUCUGAAGAAGAACUGAUGAAGCCUCAGCAGCAUCACUUUUUUAGUAGCCUACUAAAGUACUUUUACAGAUUAAGUGCUUUUUUUUUUAGCUGCAAUGAAUUGUGUUAUAGCAUCACAGCAAAUUAGGGU